AAGAAGGAGCCAAGCGACAACCUCUCGCCGAUUCCGCUUCGCAUUACUUAAUCGUUAGACCUAGGAUCGAAUGCUCGCCAGUCACGUUUUUCUAAGCUCGUAGCCGGCGGAUUGAGAUCGUCGCCCUGUGCUCGUCUAGUUGUCCGCGCGUCGCUGAUUGAAGCAAUACUUGAGGAAGAAGCAGCGACGGAAGUCGUCCAAGCCGCCAAGCGUUUACCGUGUGCUGUGUUUGUGGAGGACAAGGCUAAGUGGUCACCACGUCAGUGUAUGAGACGGAAUUAAGCCCAGAACAAGCCCUCAGCCCUCCCCGCUUCUGCUGUGCGAAUAAUACGCCGUCGGACGACGUCCUAAUAGCCACUGGUUGUGGACCUCCUGAGAAAACAGAGACGACCCACCGUGUCGGUAACGGUUUGGUGCGCGUUUUCGUGGCGACUGGUCACCGAGACACCGGUACCCGAUUGCGGGAAGACCAGUCUGGUGAGUCUUCGCAACCAGCUUGAACAAAAACGGUGCCCCAACUUUUUGGGGACGUACAACGAUUGUGGCCCUGAAGACGGGGACAACACAAGAGCAGGUGCCGAACGAGUAAAGAGGAACUGCGUGCGGAGUUUCACAGCGAACAAUAGAUCGACAACAGCGUGGAAGUAGCGGGAAAAAAGAGUCGCUCUGUGGCGUGUACUUCGAUCCUGCUUGACCAAUCACCACACUUUCCAGCGUAGACUCCUCGUCGAGCAUCGAGUAAUGGGUCGACGAAUCAAGCGGCGACAAAAGUACUCGCUGACCGCGCUGCCACCACAGGCUUCCACCAUGCGCGAGAUGAGCUCGCGGUCGCGGAAUGGGCGUCCCCAGGCACAGCCGCGUCGGUCUGAGCCACCGUCACCACAGCCCAAGUCAGGCACCACGAGCCCUUCAGACACGUCCGACUAUCACUCGGAUCAGUCGCUAGGCAGCGGUGACCUUCAGCAGCAACAGAGGCCUGCUGUCAUUCGCCGCUGUUCUCUAAUCUGCUCCUCUGGGUCGGACCAGUUCACAUUUGAAAGCCGUGCUGACCCCAAUGACCCUGGAACACCCAGGGUUAGGACUCCGGUGUCUGGUGGGCGCAGUAGUGGCAGUGACUUCCCUGGCGUUACGACGAUAAAACGCAACACACUGCUGCAUCCUGAAGGCCAGGCCAACCUGCAAAGAUCUGUCUGCGUGAAUGGACGCUACCAGAACCCAUGGCCGACGUGGCGGCCCCCCACCGUCACCAACAUCUUCAAGUUUGGCCUGUCACGCGACAACAGCAAUGUGCCUCCAAAGCAGGAGCUGGACUUGGUUCUGCCGGUGCUGAAGCCCCGCUUCCAGGAUCCCCCCGUAGAGGGAGUGCGCAUCACGUGGCUGGGCCACUCGACGGCGUUGCUGCAGAUGAAGGGCGUCAACGUGCUGACGGACCCCAUGCUGAGCGAGCGUGCCUCACCCAGUCAACUGCUGGGGCCCAAGCGUUUCCGCGAGGCACCCUGCACCGUCGCCGACCUGCCUCGAAUUGACGCGGUGGUCAUCUCCCACAACCACUAUGACCACCUCGACCUCAACACCGUGCACCAGCUCAAUGCCAGGUUUGAGGAGACGUUGCGGUGGUUUGUGCCGCUAGGCCUGACGCCAUGGAUGGAGCAGCUGGGCUGCGAGAAUGUGGUGGAGCUCGACUGGUGGCACGAGGGGCACCUGGCCACUGAGGACAACGACCUCUCUUUUGUCUUUGUGCCUGCACAGCACUGGUGUAAACGCACCAUCAGCGACGACAACAAGGUUCUGUGGGGCGGCUGGUGUGUGAUCAGCCCCGAGUACCGAUUCUACUUUGCGGGCGACACAGGCUACUGCGACGUGUUCAAGCAGAUUGGGCAGACAUAUGGACCCUUUGACCUGGCUGCCAUUCCUAUUGGUGCCUACGAGCCCAGGUGGUUCAUGAAGUACCAGCAUGUGAACCCUGAGGAAGCCGUGCUCAUACACAAGGAUGUCCGCAGCCGUGCCUCGCUGGCGGUACACUGGGGGACCUUCACUCUCGCCAAUGAGUACUACCUCGACCCCCCGGUGAAACUGCGGGAAAGUCUCGAUCGACACGGAAUAUCGCCCCGUGAAUUCUUCACCCUCAAACACGGGGAGUCACGGCUGUUGCACGCAGCGCCCCCUAACCGAACAUCUCGUGUGCUACCCUGACGACCGUGAUAAGGUGUGCCGGAGUAACAAUUGCUGUACCUUAAAUUUUGGCGAUGGCUCGAUCAUGAGCGCCGCACUGCAAGCCCAAUGACAACUUGGAAAAGAUCCAUCGCCACAAAAAGACAGCUUGCCUCGUCUGACUGCACAGUUGAUGGCGACACACUCAGCCCCGGAAGCAGAUGAUUGUUAUCAGCUGUUUGAGCAGCCUCAAUCAACACCUCCUCUCUUUUUUCUUGUGCAAGCAAUGACCAGGCUGAAGGUUUGGAGGCACUGUCUUCUGAAGACAUCUCCAGCAGCCCCGCAAUCAGCUGCUGUGUUUUUAUUUGUGAGUGUGUGAGUGUAUGCAGGUGCAAACAUCUUUUGCACUGUAACUUUGAAGUCCUUUUUUGAAAGAAAUGGUUUGAGUCCGUAUGACAUGCAUAUGGCUCUGCUGUGUCCAGUUUGAAAAAAAUGGGUGACAUCGGAACAAAGUGAUUAACCUGUGCCUUAUGGGAUAGCAGGCAUUUGCAGCUGCACCCAGGCAAGAUUUUUUUUAUUAUUAUUGUUAAGAAAUGGGUUGUUGUUGUUGUUAUUGCUGUGGCUUAUGUUUGUAAACUUUGGGUGUUACUGGCAAAAAAAAAAUGUGGCGGGAGGAGUCUUUCCGGUGCAGCAACCUAUCUGGAUUUUUAUUUAAAAUUCUGUCACUUUAAAAAGUUACAUUGCAAUUAUGUUGUAAUGUUGCAUUUUUUGUAUGGAUUUAGCACUAAAUUAUUUAACAUGUUGUGCUGCAAUCUAAGACCAGUCCCUCACUUGAAGAUAUUUUGCAGAUUAGCCUGUUCCCUAGCAAUGCAAGUUUGAAAUUAUCCCCCCUCACAGUUCUUAAGUUCUCUACGCGUGCCUACAAACACGAAAGUGUUCCCACAUUGACGAAAUGUGUCUAACCAACAUGCCUCAUUGUAACUUUUUUAAAAUAACAGAAGCUAGUCAGUAAUGUUCAGCCUUGGUUAUAGUGCUUACAAAUAAUUCUUGGACAAUCUCCAAAUCAAAAGUAGCUUAGCCGUCCAUAUAAGCUUCCCUAUGCCAUUGAUUGCUGCCUGUCACCCCACAGCCUGUGUAAAAAUUUUGUCUGGCUGGCAUAUAUGUUAGUGGAGAGUAUCUCCACAGUUUUAUUGUGAUAGCAAAUCAUCAAGAACUCAGUAACCGUUGAGCCACUCUUCCCCGGUGAGGCACCCAGAAGAACAGCGACGGUAAAAAGAUGGGAAUGUAAUUCAGCGUUCUUUUCAGGAGCCAAGUGUUUUUCGCUUUAAAUAACAAUUAAUUUUUUUAGUGGUCAUUUUUCCUCUGCAAGAAGAUGUCUGCUAGUAUCCCUAGACCUUCCAGAUGUUGUUGUUAUUGCAAAGAAAGUUUUGUUUGCUCAAAAAAAAAAGAAAGCAAAGAGCACGGUAAUUUGAAAAGCCCAGUUAACGGUAUAAUAAGCAUUCAUUCAACUCUCCAUUAAUUUAUUUGUUUGGUCUGUGAGCGUUACGUGGAGUUCACCAUUUCUUGUUAUGAUGAUAUGUGCAUGUAAUUUUUCCAUGGACAAUACUGUAAUAGCCCAUGUUUCAUGCAAGUGUAUUUACAUGUUGUUAAGACACUCAAGAGUGACACUUUUUAGGCACUGCCAACUGCUAUGAGUCACCGUUGUACAUUCAUAUUGGUCAGGCUGCAAAAAGAUGUUGGCCAGAUGCGGGGGUACGUAAGCUAAGGACAUAUCUGGUGCAGAGCUCUCUGUGUUGGUCUGCAUUCAACUGCUGCAGCUGAUAACAUUGCAAAGUGGCCAUCAGCAUGUGUGCACAUGAAAUUUUGCGUGCACAUUGUUCUUGCAUGGUUUGACAUUUGUUGUCGCAUGGUAUCCCAAAAAAGUGCACUGACAUACGGGAUGUUAUAUUAAGUUGUUACAAAAUGUUGCAGUGCACGGUGACUCAUUAGAAGGCAGGAAGUUUAGACGAAUGUGUUAACAGGUGUUCUAAUGUAGUGUCAGCACCGGGUAAUAUUUAAAACUGCAAAGCGAAACAAAUUCAGUUGUACACACGUAUAUAGCACAUGUUCAUGCUAUGGAAUGCAUAACUUGUAUGCUGUCCUUCUUGAGAAAUCUCAUCUGUGUAAACUCAUUUUGAAAUGCCGGAAUGAACUUUAAACCAUGACAGAGAAGAUGCCUUGUCUGCAUUUUGAGGCUUCAAAGUGUUUCAUUGUGUGUGUAAUGUUCAGUCAUGUCCAUCUAUGUGUACGUUGCUAUGCCGCGCCACAUCGAGGUUCCUUUGUACGUUUGUGCCCAGUUCCUUGUGGCAGGAACUGCAGCAUGACACAUUUGGGGCAACAUGCUUUACGAGUGUGAAUGACGAGGGCUCACAAAGGUUAUUAAUAGCAAGCUUUAUGUCGGGCGCGAUUCCUGCUUCACUGUGCACUACAUGGUGGAUGCGAAAGUUCUCACACAAGGCAAGUGCAUCAGCAAUUUGAAGAACAUGUUUUCUUUCUUCUUUUUCAAAAACAAAAGGUGCAAUUCCACUUCAUUUAUGAAGUCAUAACUUUGGUUAUGGCUUGCGAACUUUCUUAACUAAAAUUUUCGGAAGUAUCCAAAACAUACCAGUUUCGAAUGUCAAGCCUGCAACUUAACAGAGAUAAUGUUACACAAGGUACAUCUGGCAGAAAUCAAGAUUAAAGAUAGUACAAAAUUUGUGCCUGAAUUUCAGUUAAAUGCGAAAUAACCAUGAGCCAUCACACCUGAACUGUUUCCUUUAAAUGCAAAUGUACCCAAUCAAAUUCACUUGGCAAUAACCUAGUGAGAGAAUUUCUGCUUUCCCCAUGUAUAGCAAAACACCAUUUGAUUGAACAUCACUUGAACAAGUUUCUUGUUUGUUCACUAUCCCAGCACUAAGGGCAAGCCAUUGUAUUUACACUUCAGUUUAAUGAACAUUCACUUGAGCAAGCAGUUUGUUAACACCCAUUGAAGUGUGUUCAAGUGAAGUAUUGCUGCAUUUGAAACGGAACCUGUUGUGCCCAAUAGGAAUGUUUUUCUUCUUUGCUUUUAUGCUGUCUCAUCAAGCACAUGGCAAAAGUGUGUUGCUCUGGUGGCAUUAUCCUCCCUUCUUCAAAGUGCUUGAUGAGCAUUUAUAUAUGACGGUGCUAAUUAAACCAUAUUUAUAGAGCACCCAUCUUGAACAAAGCCUGUCCUAAGCACAAAUUGAAAGGGCAGAGGACAAGCUAGGUGACACAAAUGCAUGUCACCAUCAAUUAGCCUUACUAAACAUCCUUCUGAACACCGUGUAUGUAUUUUCUUUUCAUGUUUGAGAGGUUAAUGUGCAAAGCAUAUGACACUUUGCAGUUUAGAAACCAAAAAGGAAGAAAAGCUUUUUGCAAGAGAGCACAUACAUUUAUAAUAUUUUUCAUAGCAAGUUAUUACACUGUACAAUAAGUUCAGUCUGUUUGAGGUGUUUAUUUGCAAAGCUGAUAACAUUUUGCAGCGGGAAAACCAAAAAGAAAGUAGGAAGAACUUUUCCUGCGAGCACAGCGCAUGCAUUUAUAAUUUUUGUUGCCAUAAGUUUUCACAGUGUACAUCAAAUUCAAUGUCAGGGUGCUAUCCCACAUUUCUCUAGUAGUUCUGGUCCGAUUUUCCUCUUUCAUUCCGCCAGCUUUAGCUUCCUUUUUCUUUUCUUCUUUACGCACAACAGGGUAACAGAGCUUUUGUCAAGCUUUGUUUUGCUUGUUUGUUCACUCUGGGCUCUAAGAAGAGGCGCUGCAGUAUAUUUUGUUUUUGUCAUUAUCUACAGCUCUUACGGUGCUGUUCCAAGAACAUGGAAAUGCCGAGAACAUCCCGCUUUGAAAGAACACUUGAGCAAUGGUUUAAGCAAAAUUUGUGCCUUGCCAUUGUUUCUUGCAUUUCUCUCCUGGCAUCAUGAGGAAUUUGCACUUGGUCUUAUGUCUUAUAGCAGUCGAGCAGUUGGAGCAAGCAGCAGCAGGAACAUGGGUGACUCAUCAGGCACAUUACCUUUGACACAAUUUGUACAACAGCUAAAAUAAUCAACCAAUUGACAAGUGGUGUUCUUACCAAAGCUAACUGAAUUGCAGAGGGCUCUCACAGAGGGUGCGAAAUUAAAGCAGUGAGAUAGCAAAUAGAUCACCUUUAAUGACAGCAAAAGUUUGACAAGGCCAAUUAGCAAUAUGCCCAUUGCAUUGAUACUUUCAAAUUCCUGAAGCAGUUUUUCUAGAAACCUGGCUCUAGCAAUAGAGUGUGUGAAGCUAGUUCAUUUGGGGUCAUUUCAUUUGGAAAUGAAAGCAAAACCAGCCUGGUAAUGUUCACAGGCAUUAGCUAGUUUAAUAAAGUGUCAAAUGUGUGCAGCUCUGAAAGUGUGACAUCAUGUCAGGGUAUCCUUGCUACUGUGUUUUGACAAUUUUCUAUUCAGAAAAAUUUGACACCAAACACAUAGUGUCACCAAACAAAUAGUGAGGAAGUUUUAGAGCAAUAAUAUAGCGUGGUCAGAGAGUUCCAGAGGACCUACCUAUUGCAAUUAUGGUGCUACGCAGGAAUAAUCUGUCAGUUGAGGCUGAUUUACCGUUUGCCUGUGGCAUUCCUCAAAUCAAAGAAUGAAUGACACUCUUAAGAAUUGUACACUCCUUAGGGUUUAUUUUUGUUGCAUAACAAUAAUCACCAUGCUUUAGUAUAUUUUGUUUAUUUGCAGACUGCGUCGAAUGCUUUCCUGUCAAAUGCUGAUAAACACUUGGAUGUGGAUUAGGUCCUCGACAUACGAGAAUUGGGCACAGAGCAUCAAACAGGAUGUUUACAUUAUUAACCCAUUCAGGAAUUUGUGUGCACAAUUCUGCACACCAAUUAAGAUAGUACAUAAUAAGCAUAAGCAUGCACUGAUUAAAAUAAUUCUGUUUAAAUGUGUCACAACAUUUCUAAGUGGAAACUCAUGAAGUUUUUUUAGAAGAACAUGUUGCAGGAUAGAUGACUAGGUGUUUGCUCUCAUUGUGAGCACGCCCUCAUGUAGCAGGUUCACUUCUUUCAUUGUUCUUCACACAGUUUUCUAUCAGGCUUAUUCUUCAAGUGACCUUUCAGAUGUGCUGGCCAUCUGGACAUGAAACAGUUGAUGUUCUCAUGUCUGACAUUCCCUUAGGAAGUCCUUUAAUGAAGUUAACAUACUGUAAACUUGACAAAACUCACUGAACAACUUAAAAUCGUCAGUCCAUUCAACAGCUGUUCACUUUCCAUGACAGGUGCCAGAAAUGCUAUGAAAUUAAAUUUUCAAUUAGAAGAGUUAAUUGGCAGCUAAAGGAGUUAACUAUGAUUACUGCAAGAAUAAAUUACACUUAAACAUGUGCAUACAAUUUUUCGGAGAAGGAAAUGACACUUAUUAGUCCCAAAGGAACUAAGGCCUCCUUGGUGGGCUCGGGCAUCCUGACCCACCACAUUCUUGAUAUUCUGUACCAGAAACAUCCUUUUGCAAGAUUUUGGGUGGCUCGAAACUAGACACACCGAAGUGUAUGGCCAACAGCAUUCCUGGUGCACUGUACAAAGAUAAAAAGCUCAGCACAGCACCAGAAAUGCUGUCAACUGCACACGGCAACAUGUCCGGUGCCAAGUCACGCGAAAGGAAUAGUAUCGGAAAGUGAUUGCCCAAACAUAGUACCCUAGUACAGCAGCAUGACACGGACAAGGCGAAACACAUAGGGUACUUUCUCCUUUACUCUGAAAAUUACCCAGAUUAACCAGGUCACUAGGUACUUGUUUACGUGACUGACCAGAUGAACUGGAUUAUGUAUUAUCACAGUCCCAACUUUCUAAAUGGUUAAAUAUGAAUGGGAAUAGGCAAAGGACAUACAUUUUAAUCUGAAGACAAACAUUUUCUUUUGUAAAAUCACACAUAACGAGGCCUGUCGUAUGAUGAAAGCAGCUCAAAAUGCAAUAUUUCUUUAUCCGCAUCUCUGAAUGCUACCUUUAUGUUCUCUACUCACUGUAUAUAAUGUGGUUGUGCUAUUUAAGCUCCACAUUUAAGCAUGGAUUACAUAAUGACACUGAUUUCCUGCUGUAUUAGGCGGUGACCAUGUGUGUUGUACGGCUUAUGUGCCCAGCUGUCUCUCCUACUUAUUUAUUUUGUUGCCCUGACUGCACGCUGGUAAUUCAUCCUUGUUCUGUAUUAUCUUAAAUGGUGGAGAAGUGGAAAUCGUCAUCAAGAACAAGCUAUUCAAAUUUGCUCCGUCAUACAGAAUCUCUAGCCCUUUUCUCAGUGCCUGGUUACAUGAAAAAUUGCACUGUGCUCUUGAAACACAGGUUUCUUGAUCCCUAUGGUGACUCGCCAAAAUCUGCAAGAACGGCAUCCGAGCGCACUGUUGUAUUAAGUAAUAAAGAGUUUAGUCUUGUUA